AUGGAAUUGCAGAAAGGAUUUCCUCUCUUAAUCCAACAAUACAAAGCUUUACUCUUCAAGAAUCUUCUUCUCUCGUGGCGCAACAAGAGAUCCACAUUUCUUCAGCUUUUCUCAUCCCUCUUCUUCAUCUUCAUCAUCUUCUGCAUUCAAAAAGCAAUUGAAUCGAGAUACGCUUCUUCGUCUUCUUUCAAAAGCAUCAACGAUCCUGCACCUUUGAUCUUUCCCUCAAUCCCAGCUUGUGAGGAAAAAUUCUACACUAAAUUGCCCUGCUUUGAUUUUGUUUGGAGUGGGAAUGACAGUGCAAGAAUUGGAGAGAUUGUUAGAAGGAUAAGAGAGAAUAAUCCCGGCCGGAGGAUUCCAUCUGAAAAGGUUCAGUCGUUCGAAACACAAAAUGAAGUUGAUGAUUGGCUUGCCAACAAUCCUAUGCAUUGUCCUGGAGCUCUGCAUUUUGUCGACAGAAAUGCUACCGUAAUUAGCUAUGGAUUACAGACUAAUUCUACUCCACUUAUUAAGCGAGGAUCUUUUGAAGAUCCUACUUUUAAAUUUCAAAUUCCACUUCAACUUGCUGCAGAGCGUGAAAUUGCAAGAUCUCUGAUUGGAGGUGCAAGUUUUAGCUGGGUUGUCGGUCUUAAGGAAUUUGCCCACCCUGCUCUUGAAAUCUUUUCGGCUGUGCAAACAGUAGGGCCGACCUUUUUCCUGGCAAUUGCUAUGUUUGCUUUUGUCUUUCAAAUUGCUGCUUUGAUCACGGAGAAAGAACUAAAACUUCGCCAGGCAAUGGCAAUAAUGGGUCUUUAUGAUACUGCCUAUUGGUUAUCGUGGCUCACUUGGGAGGGAAUCAUCACGUUACUUUCAUCACUUUGCACAGUUUUAUUUGGAAUGAUGUUCCAGUUUGAUUUUUUCUUGAACAACAGUUUUGCAGUCGUGUUCUUCUUGUUCUUUCUUUUUCAAUUGAAUAUGACUGCAUUUGCUUUUAUGCUGUCCGCCUUUAUUAGCAAGUCUUCUUCGUCCACCACUGUUGGUUACUCUAUCUUUAUUGUUGGUUUCAUGACUCAGCUCGUGACAGCAUUUGGAUUUCCUUACAGUGACAACUUCUCAAACACGUACCGAAUUGUGUGGUCAUUUUUUCCACCAAAUCUUCUUGCCCAAGGUCUCCAAUUGCUUUCUGAUGCAACUGCAACUCCUCAAGAUCCCGGUGUCAGCUGGAUUGGGAGGACAAAAUGUUCACCAAAUGAUACAGAGUGCAUCGUAACAAUUAAUGAGAUUUACAUAUGGCUUUUAGCGACAUCCUUUGUCUGGUUUGUUUUGGCCAUCUACUUUGACAAUGUUAUUCCUAAUACAUCUGGGGUGAGAAAAUCGAUGUUUUAUUUUUUGAGUCCUGGAUACUGGACAGGAAAUGGUGGAAACAAGGUGGAAGAAGGAAACAUAUGUAGUUGCUUCAAUUCAGUUCCACACGUGGAAAGCACUGCUCCUUGCGACGAGGAUGUACUGGAAGAGGAAAAUAUAGUGGAACAGCAAGCCUUAGAAGGUAGUUUAAAUUCACAUGUUGCAGUUCAAAUACGUGGUCUUGUGAAAACUUACGUUGGAGCAACAAAGAUUGGCUGCUGCAAAUGCACGAGGACCUCUCCCUAUCAUGCUCUCAAGGGAUUAUGGGUCAACUUCCCCACUGAUCAGCUAUUUUGUCUUCUUGGACCAAAUGGAGCAGGAAAAACUACUGCUAUUAACUGUUUGACAGGGAUUACACCAGUAACUGUUGGAGAUGCAUUAAUUUAUGGAUAUUCUGUCCGAAGCUCCACUGGAAUGUCAAACAUUCGCAGGAUGAUUGGGGUUUGUCCUCAGUUUGAUAUUCUUUGGGAUACAUUGUCUGGUCAAGAGCACCUUUACUUGUUUGCCAGCAUCAAAGGUCUACCCCUUGCUUCCAUUGAGGAGGUUGUACAUAAAUUGUUAGCAGAAGUAAAACUUAAUGAGGCAGCCAAGACGAGAGCGGGUAGCUAUAGUGGUGGAAUGAGACGUCGUCUCAGUGUUGCUAUUGCCCUUAUCGGUGAACCAAAAUUGGUCAUUUUGGAUGAGCCGACAACUGGGAUGGAUCCAAUAACCCGGAGACACGUGUGGGAUGUAAUCGAAGAGGCUAAAAAAGGACGUGCCAUUGUCUUAACUACUCAUUCAAUGGAAGAAGCUGAUAUCUUAAGUGACAGGAUAGGAAUUAUGGCAAAGGGUAAGCUUCGCUGUAUUGGAACUUCAAUAAGGUUGAAGUCACGGUUUGGAACGGGUUUCAUUGCUACUAUAAGCUUUUCUGGGGAUGCUAAUGGUACCCCAAAUAGAGGAGAUACAUUUAAUACCUCUCAAAAUGAAGCUGUUAAACAGUUCUUCAAAUCGAAUUUGGAUAUUGCACCUAAGGAGGAAAACAAGUCUUUCCUGACUUUUGUUAUUCCUCAUGAAAAGGAGAAGCAAUUGACGAAAUUUUUUGAGGAUCUCCAAGAGAGAGUGAAAGAAUACGGCAUAGCAGAUAUCCAACUUGGUCUUACGACUCUGGAAGAAGUUUUUCUGAAUAUAGUAAAACAGGCAGAAUUGGAAAGUGCUGCUGCUGAGGGAAGCUAUGCAACUCUGACUCUAAACUCUGGAGUUUCUGUUCAGGUACCUAUAGGGGCGAGGUUUGUUGGGGUUCCGGGAACUGAAUCUACAGAAAAUCCAAGAGGAAUUAUGGUAGAGGUAUAUUGGGAACAAGAUGAUGCUGGAGCACUCUGCAUUUCUGGUCACUCAGACGAGAUGCCAAUCCCCCCUCAUGCACAACUAAGGGAGUCUUCUGCUCCCACUUCUAGCAUAAAUAUUUUGGGCCGACAACAGCAAAUUCAUGGAAUUGUAAUUGACCCUACACAUAUUACUGAUUCAAGUUUGUGA